UUAUGUCAAACAAUAUUAAAGGCACUUGCGAGCAAUUUUGUCCGGAAGCUGAAUCCAAACUACGUAUUAAAGAAAAACUUCUACAUUAUUAUGAACUAAAAAACGGCGAAAGGACCGUACCAGGAUUACUAGUAAAGGCAUUCGCACGUUCUGCAGCAGGUGUGAAGGCGCCAAGAACAAAGGAUUUGCGUACAGAAAGAUGUUUACAAAAAACAGUGGAGUACUUAUUAAAAGAUAUCGUUUUAGACAAACGGCGGCCGUACAAUUUUGUAUAUGAUUUCGUUUUUGAUCGCUUACGGGCCGUCCGACAGGAGGUGGUCAUGCAACGUUACGAUGAGAAGCAGACUUUAAAAUUACUAGAACCGAUGGUGAUGUUUCUGGCUUACAGUCGCUAUAGGCUUUGUGAAGAGCAAAUAGACAACUUCGAUCCGAAAAUUUGCAAUCAGCACUUGCAAGAAUGCCUAAAGCGGGCAUUGUGUUGCUACGAUGAAAUCGAUGUGCAAAGUCUCAAUUUAAAUGAAUUAAACAGGCGCAGUUUUCUUGAAGCAAUUUACCUACUUUUCAAUUUAGGAACAUCAGAGGCGUUAAAUCGUGCAUUAGGUUUACCAACUGAAGUGAGCAAAAGUGAGGUAUUUGCUUCAGCUUUUCAAAUCGCCAUACACUAUCAUCAAGGAAACUUUUAUCGCGUGCUCGUAGGUAUUCAAAAACUACCACAUAUUUUAAGCGCUAUGGCUUCUUUGAAUCUACAGAAACUAAGAAGUAAGGUUUAUUUGGUGUUCGCGCAUGCAUAUAAUAGUACACAACUGAUGGUUCCGACCAGCUUUCUAAGCAAAUUGUUAUUACAUGAAGAAGUUGCUGAUUUGCUAGCUGAUUGCAAAUAUUACAAUAUAAAAAUAUGUGAUGAUAAGAAAAACAUACAAUUUAUGAAAUCUGAUUUCAACACAAAUAUCGUGGUAAUGAAAGAGAAACAUGAAUGUUUUGUUGACAAAAAGUUUGAGAAAGUAUAUCUGCCCGAAAUUUUGCUUUUAAAACGUUUAUAAUAUUUUUAAUGUAAAUAUAU